AUGCAGGUGGCAAGGCAGGCAGCAGCGCUGUCCCAGCUGCACCAGCUGGGCCGGCCGCUCACCAACCUCAGAGACCUGCUGCCAUGCCUGGCUCAACGCCUGUCCUUUGCCACCCACGGCGUGGGAGAGGGCACCAGCACGCAGGGAGUUCCCAGGUUCUACAAGACGGUGCACAUCCGCGACGCGCUGGACCAGGGCGGCUACCAGGUCAUGCUGGACCAUCGUGUGCUGCGCACCCCUGCCCGCCACCCGCUGGUGCUGCCCAGCCGUGCGCUGGCGCUGGCCAUUGCCGCCGAGUGGGAGUGGCAGAUCAAGCGCAUCCAGCCCUUCACCAUGCCGCUCAUGUCCCUGGCAGCCACGGCGCUGGACGAGCCCAAGCCGCGGGAUGAGGUGGUGGCAACCAUGCUGCAGUACCUGCCCACAGACUCGGUGCUGUGCCGAGACGAGGCGGGGCUGGUGGCUGACCGCCAGGCGCAGGCGCGCGUGUAUGCCCCCAUCCUGGCGUGGGCGCAGCAGCAGAUGGGGGUGCGAGUGGAGCCCACUGACAGCAUCUUUGGGGCCAGCCUGGGGCAGGAGGAGCUGGGGGGGGUGGAGGCACACCUACAGGGGCUGGACCGCUGGCACCUGGCCGCCGCGGAGCAGCUGGCGGCGUACUGCAAGUCUGUGCUGCUGGGGCUGGCGGCCACGGCGCAGGCGCUGAGCAUUGAGCAGGUGCUGGCUGCGGCGCGGCUGGAGGAGGACCACCAGAUUGAGCGGUGGGGGCUGGUGGAGGGGGGGCACGACAUCGACAUCGCCGACCUGCGCGUGCGCGUGGCGGCGCCCUGCCUCUUUGUGCGCCUGCUGCGCUGGCACUGA